AUGGCUAAGAAGGUACGCUUUUCUAGGACCAAACAACAUCAGGCCGAACAGCGCGCCGUCGAUGAUGAAUUUGAGAAAGAACAAAAGUUUCUGGGCUCAGCGAAGAUUGGUUUGGUGCAUCUCGCCUUCGAUGAGGUGACAGACCGUGAAGAUGAUGUCCAAAACGAGAAGUUCCUCAUCGACUCAUUUCACCGAAACGGUUGUGUGCCUCUGGAUCCGAUGUUCCACUUGGCAGCGACAAUGCAGAGACGAGACCUGGACAUGGUCUUGUCUCGCUACGGUAUCACAUCAGAGGCGUUGCUGGCUCGCAAUCCGGCGAGUCUGCCGAUCCUGCCUUUGCCUGAGGGAUUUCAAAUCCCCUGCCUUUUUGGCCGGCACAGGACCAAAGCGGCAGAAAAGGUCCUGCCAAGGGCCAGCCAAUGGUGGGUCGUCAAUCUGUAUUCAAACGACCUAAGUACACAACUACGAGGUAGUCUGAUACACCAAGGGACAAAUGAAAGGCUUCGGAACCAGGGUGAAGUAUUCUUCCGCAUUCUCCACAGCAAAAUACGCCUCGACCCGGUCGGUGAGGACUUUUGGUGGACGCGACUGCAUUCGGGCGACCAACGACGAGAGGCUGAGAGGCUGCUGUCGCGUAGAGAAUACCGAACAGUUUUGGGCGCUUUGAGUGACAUACAGCCCUUGUUUCUGGAUUUUCGGACCGGAAUGAUCGGGACCAUCCUGCGUUUGAAGAGCGACGAUGAGGUGCUGCGUGGGUUUGGAACUAUCGAAGGCUUCUGGACAUCUGUGUUUGGCAGAGAAAAAACAUCGUUGCAGAAGAUCGAUCGAUACGACGUCAAAACCCUGGAACUACGAUGUCCGGCCAUAUGCACAUCCGAUCGUACUUUCUUGGAGCCUCUCUUCAACAACGGCAGUAUCUGUUGCCGCUUCUCCGCAUCUGAAAGAGACCACAUCUGGCGUCGAUUGCUCGAGUACAAAGCUUUCAUCCCGUCCUUCUACUCGUUCUUCGAGAACCUCAAGUAUUUGAUCGCUAUCGCCGAGACCCUCAAGCGCGUGGUUCAUCCAGUCUAUCGACAGACAGUAGCUGAUGCUUUCGAAGAGGCCUUUCAAGGUUCCAAAAAUGGCCGUGAAGGCCGGGGAGAACUUAUUUUGACCCGUGGUGAGGCACACGGAAACAUUGCAUAUCGUCACCUUGUCCUUCACGUCAUGCAACAACUCAGUCUUCUUCGGCCUGAAUCAAUUUUGCUUGACGGGAACCACAGAGACGCCGUCCCGCCAAGCGACGUGGCAUUAUAUGAAUUGGCCGCUCUUGCCGAUCGACUUGGCUUUCAUUCUGCUCAGAUCGCACAACAGCUGUCACAAGAUCCGGACCAAGCCGCCGCGCGUUGGGCGCUGUUGGGCGCCCGAGCAUCCAUUAUGACCGAUUGCAGCAGUAUGCGCAUGCAGUCAUACAUUCACAAGAUCGCAGCUCUGUUCAAGGAUUUUCGACGAAAUCAGGCCGACGCAACAGAUGCUGCGCUUCUGUGCACUGGACUGGGAGAAACACUCGAUCGAAGGAGUGGGUGUCCGCUACAGAAAGCUCAGGAGCAGAGUCACCAGGCCAUGACCUUUGCCCAUAUACACAGCCCAGAUCCAGAUACGCAUGGAGAGCCCACAGCAUUGUUUGUGCGCAGAGACAUUUACCUGUUCUUUUAUGGCAAGCUAGAUCUCCAACACCUGGGUGCACCUCUUGAAUGGUCUUUCGACCCACGACCAGGUCUUCGUUCAAGUCCAUCUCAUGAACGUGUAGACCAUCAGGGCGCUGGCGAGGAGCUUCACCGUGGUAGCGCAUCAGCUGAAGCUAUUGGUAGUGGCUGGCAGGAGGUAGAAACGUCAGGAUCUCCAGCUGCCGCAGAGAGUGUUUAUACGGAUGCUUCGCUGGCGCCAAGCGAAGACCUCAACCCGGAAGUGGGCGUCAGCAAUGGUGGUGACGGUGAUGGUGGUGAUGAUUCCAGAUGUGUUCGGUUCAUUUUGCAUGAGCAAGGCACCCUCAAGACUGUUCAUGAGGCGCCCAUUGACAGCGCAACGGACAUUGAUGAUCGCAUCGAGCUACUGGCUGCUGGAUUCAUGUGCGAGGGCUUGGUUCUCAUGGACCGUAACAUGCGCACUUUGGCUCCGUCGCAGUGUUUUCGCUCCGCCUUGGAGGACAACUCCAUGACAAUCUACCUCAUUCGCGAUGUUGAUAUGGGUCAGCUUCUUGACAUGGAAUGUCAGAUUGCCGGGUUGAAGCGAUCAGCUAGUGAUGACUUGCUAGAUGGCUCCCAGCCGCGUAAACGACAAGCCAUAGGCAGUGGUCCAAUGCGAUACCUGGUAGCUUGA